AUGUCGCUGUUUUAUUCACAUCGCUUUUGUACCAAAUGUGUCCUGCUUGCAGCGCGCGAGCCGCUCUCGAUGACAGCGCGAGCCGGCGCGCGUGUCAGGCCGAACGGUGUUUUCACCCAGCCGCCGAGGCGUUAUGCCGGGGGUCACUCAUUUAGUAAACACCGGUCAAAAGCUAGGCUUUGGGUGUGUGGGAUAGGCGCCGGGGUCGCGUUGGCUGUCGGACUGAAAUACGGCUCGGACCCUGGUAACAGUUCGUGUGACGAUAAAGUUGGAAAAGAAGUGAAGGCCGACCCAUACUGUGCUGCCAUUAAAGUAAGCAGAGACCUUUUGGAGCGGAUAAAGGCUGAGGUCGGAGCCCCUGGGCUGGUAGUUGGGGUUUCUGUGGACGGUGCUCAGGUCUGGUGUGAAGGGAUCGGCUACGCUGACUUGGAGAACCGUGUUCCCUGCACGUCGGCAACGGUGAUGCGUAUUGCCAGCAUCAGUAAGCCGCUCACAUCUGCAGCCGCCGCUCGACUUUAUGAGGAAGGGAAACUCGAUCUGGACGCCCCGGUCCAGAAAUAUGUCCCAGAGUUUCCCCAAAAACAGUUUGAUGGAAAAGAUGUCACAAUAACGCCUCGCAUGAUUCUGUCCCACCUAAGUGGGAUACGGCACUAUGAGAAGGAUGCAAAGAAGGUGAAGGAGGACAAAGAGAAAGCUAAGCGACUUUUAAAACCACCAGGUAAAGAAAAAGAAGAGAAGAAGAGCUCAGCUGAAGACGAGGAUAAACCCUCAACAGAUCCAAACAUUAAAGGGAGAGAGUCCAGCCGGGCUCAGAAGAAAAAAGAGUUUGAGCACGAGGAGUACUACUUAAAGGAGAACUUUGAAAGUGUCACUCAUGCCUUGGACCUCUUUAAGAACGACCCUCUCAUUUUCAAACCUGGCACAACUUUUCUGUACUCCACUCAUGCCUUCACAUUGCUCAGCGCUGCGAUAGAGCGGGCAGCCGACCAGCGCUUCCUGGAUGUUAUGAUGACCAUGUUUCGUGAGCUGGGGAUGCUCAAUACAGUCCCCGAUGAGAAUGACCCGAUAAUUUACCACCGCUCCAGAUUUUAUCAUGUCAACAAGAGAGGACGUGUUGUGAACUGCCCCUAUGUAGAUAACUCCUACAAAUGGGCCGGAGGGGGCUUCCUGUCCACGGUGGGAGACCUGCUGCUGUUUGGUAACGCUCUGCUCUACAGCUACCAGCUGGCCAACCUCAAGGACACUGAGGGCUUGCUCCCCGGUUUCCUCAAACCCAAAACGGCCUUAGAGCUGUGGGCGCCCGUCGAUAAGACAGAGGCCAGCUGGGAUAAGGACGGACUGUACGCCCAGGGCUGGCUGGUGGUGGAAAAACUCCAGAAGUACGGCCAGUGCAGGAAGCGCAGGCACUACGUGUCGCACACAGGAGGCGCCGUGGGGGCCAGCAGCGUCCUCCUGGUGCUACCCAGCCAGGAGGGACAAAGCCAUCCACCCCCACAUGGGGUGGUGGUCACCAUCAUCAGUAACAUGCAGUCCGUGGGGCUGAACAGCCUGGCGCUGAAAAUUGCCCUGGAGUUUGACAAAGCCAGA